AUGUCCAUCUUUACCUUCGCCCCACACAUCCCCGCCGACGCCAUCUUCGCGCUGACAGCCGAGUACGUCGCUGACCCGUCGCCGCAAAAGGUAAAUCUCGGACAGGGCACAUACCGCGACGAUAACGGGCAGCCGUGGGUUCUUCCCGCCGUGCGCGAGGCUCGACGCAUCCUACUAGAAGAGAAGGGGUUGCAGCAUGAGUAUCUUCCUAUCUUAGGGCUACCGGGGCUUAGAGCGAAGACGGCCGAGCUGGUUUUUGGGGAGAGAUUUGCGGGCGUUAAGGACAAGCUUGCGACAUCCCAGACGAUUUCUGGAACGGGCUCCCUUCAUCUUGCUGGCCAGGCUCUGAAGCACCUCUACACGCAACAAUCGUCUCCACUACCGACAGUCUACAUCCCCGAACCGACAUGGUCAAACCACCACCUCCUCUUCUCGUCCCUCGGUUUCAAAAGUUGCACGUUCAAGUACUACGACGCGAGCACAAAAUCCCUCGAUAUAACCUCAUACCUCUCUGCUCUUCGCAGCGCAGAACCGGGAUCAGUCAUUAUCCUCCACGCCUGCGCACAUAACCCCACAGGCCUUGACCCGAGUAUCGAGCAGUGGAAGGAGAUUGGAAGCAUUGUGAAGGAGCGCAGAUUAUUCCCGCUCUUCGACGCCGCGUAUCUCGGGUUCAACUCUGGGGACUAUGACCAAGAUGCGUGGGCGGUUAGGUACUUUGUUUUGAAGUUAGGGCUUGAGGCGGCUGUUUGUUUGAGUUUUGCGAAGAAUAUGGGACUAUACGGCGAACGAGUCGGCGUACUCAUCCUAGCCACCCCAGAUGGAAAGUCAGCGACGAAUACACAAUCCGUCCUCGAGUCGCUGCAGCGCUCCGUGAUUUCGAACCCGCCUGCUUUCGGCGCACGAAUCGCAGAGACGGUCUUGUCCAAUGACAAUCUGCGCAGCAUCUGGUUUGAGGAUCUGAAGACGAUGAGUGGGCGGAUACAAGAGAUGAGGAGGGUGCUGUAUGAGAGACUUACUCGGUAUUCGUCUGGGAAUUGGGACCAUCUCAUUCGGCAAUCGGGUAUGUUUGGGUUUCUGGGUCUAUCGCGGAACGUGAUUCGGAUCUUGAAAGAGGAGUAUCACAUCUACAUGGCUGGGAACUCACGAGUAUCCAUCGCGGGCCUGAACACCAAGAACGUGGAUUAUGUGGCGAGGUCGAUUGCUGAGGUGCUCGCGCGGGAACAGUCACAGUGA